UGCUGUAUGUUGCACACACACAGACACAGACGACGAAGACGACUCUUGUCAUAUUGGUGAUAUUUAGAUCCUUGCACAAGAUCUGCCCGGCGGGGGGCGGGGGGGUGGCUGGGAUACUGAAGAAUUGCAUUGGGCGUAGAGAACCCCACUCACCGGCACCUGGCAAGAGGGCGUUGGCAUUCGCCAAAUUAGAUUUUUUUUUUCGGGGGGUUUUGCUCGGCGGCGGCAUCUUGAGCCGUGGCCACCGUUCAUCCGGGGGGCAGCUUCGGAGGUUCUUCUGCCAUGGGGGGCCUUCAUGUGCGCUCCCGCAUCCCACCUGGAGCAGCCUGGCUUCUGAUGUUCGUCGUCGUCAUGCUCGCCAAGACGCCACGUUUAGCUGCACAGUCUACAACAAGCAUAAGCCACGCGACUGAGUCAAAUACUGUGGAGUCUACAGCAGCGUCAAAUGUGUCAACAUCCAUGACAGAUACAAAUAGUACUGCUCCUAGCACAACUACAUUUGCAACCACACCCAUCCAGCAAACAUCUUCCAACACUGGGACACAAACCCACCAAGUUGUAGCUACAUCAUCAUCAAGUUUAGAUCAAACAACCACAUCCGUGAACGUAACAUCUCAUGCCACGGUUUCAUCGCAGAUGCUCACAUCUGCUACAGGCCUCCCAGGAUCAGUGAGUACAGUGUCAAUUGUGACUGACACCACAGCCAUUUCAUCUGCCACUCCACAUCAGACUUCUCCAGAACCAUCAGCAGUUUCACCAAUUGUUACCGCAGAAUCUAAUGGUACAUCAACGAUUGAAACCACCAUAGCAGCCAGCCCCAAUGCUACUACCGAUAGAGCAACUGUGUCUACCACAACAUCGCAUAGCGUUGUAACUUCCACUUCGGUUAAUGAAACUACCUUGACAGAGAGCACUCAAGGGCCAUCAGUGACCGGGCCUAUUUCAGCUGUAACCCCAGAAACAAGCACGCAAUAUACAGCAAAUGUGACUGGGUCGUCCACCAGCAUGCCCCUCAAUACCUCUAUGACGCCAGAGCCACCGUUUUUAUCAACAACUCCGAGUGAAAACUCAACAGUCACGAUGUCAAUAACAACUGGCAUUGUAAAUCAUACCUCAUCUUUCGUGUCAACUGGUGGGUCUCAUCUCACUACUGCAUCUCAAAAUAACGAGACUGAGACCAGUACCCAUUCUUUAACAUCAUUUCAAACACCGGAGGAUAACUCUACUUCCAGUCCCACAACAGAGACAUCAGUAAUGUCUGAAACCACAGUACAAUUGAACAACACCACAUCUGCUUUGAACAUAAGUGCAACGACAUUUCCAUCACAUGAGACUACCAAUACUGUAACAGAGGGCACACUUAAAACAACUGUAAAUGCGAGUACAGCAUCAUCGAACACUCCCACCCAAUCAACAAAUGCAAGCACAUCAACAGACUCAAACAAUGCUACAAGCACUUCCUCACACACCGCCAUUAAUACAACUGCAAUACCGGAUACAUCAUCGCAACCGAGCAGUGUUACCAGCACUCAAUUCGAGACCACUAUGAAUACAACUAUGAUGCCUGAGACUACGAUGCUCCUCCACAACAGCACGACUCAUGCGACAUCUGGAACAGUAGAAUCGUCGAAUAGCACCACGCAGUCAACAAGCGUGAGCGCGCUAACACAGCCGAUCAAUGCUACGAGCGCUGCAACACCUGAUAUGUCAUCGCAAGCAAGCAGUGUCACCAGCUCGCCCGCAGUCACAUCGAUGAAUACAACUAUGAUGGCUGAGACCACGGAUUCAAGGAACAACACCACAUCUCACACGACCUCUGGGACAACAGACUCGUGGAACAACACCACUCCCGCCACGACGAUGAGUCCAUCGUCACCAUCAAACUCCACUGCCAGUCAAGUAACAGGAACGACAUCAAAUACUACCACAAUGAUGUCCCUGACCACAGAAUCGUGGGCCACCACCACACCUACAGUAAAUAUAAGUACAGCCACAUCCCAAUCAAAUCUCACGGCAAGCACGUUGAUGUCUGAGACGACAAUGUCCUGGAAUAAUGCCACGUCCAGUAUCAAUGUCACCCAAGCAACAACACAACUGUCCACAAGCCACGCAGGAUCUGCCUCCACCAGCCAUCCAGAUAAUACGACGGCGUUUUCUUCCACAGAAGGGUCUUCAGUUACUUCUCCUCACAAUGUGUCAACUCCAAAUGUUCCGACAUCUUCCACUAAUGACACAUCCACUGCGGUUGCAACUCCAUCUCAGGGUACGAGCACAACACAUGUUUCGACAACCAGCUCUGGCAUCAAUGAGAGUACCACUACUGCCUCACUCAGUAGCAGUACUGUGGUUCCAGUCAAUUCCACCACAAUGGCUGUGACCACAUCUCCAGGGUCAGAAAAUUCUACAGUGACAACUGCUUCAGCGACCACAGCCACAGAAACAUUUCAUACGGCAAGUGGCAGUGCUCCUACCUCAUCUACAACAAUGUCCAUGAACGCGACCAGCCCUUCUACGAACGUGACCAGUUCGUCUUCCGCUACGAUGUCAGCAGCAACUCCGAAUGGAACUGCAAGCUCAGCAUCGACCGGAGUCUCAACAAAUGUGCCCAGCAUGUCAACACUGGCACCACCAACAUUGCCGACGUUUAACCUUACAUUUAAGAUUACGAACGAUCAAUUUAACGAAUCCUUAAACGACAAGACAUCCAAUGAUUUUCAGAUUUUGUCAAAAGAAAUCAUCAUUGAGAUAGGAAAUAUCUACAAAAGCAGCUCUUUAAAGGAUUCAUACAGGAGCACGACAGUGGAGCGAUUUUCGAAAGGAUCAAUUGAUACAGAAACCAGGGUGGUGUUUUCCAACAACCCAGUUGUCAAUAGUAUGGGAGUUCUAGACACAUUUAAGCAAGGACUAGAAGUCGAUCAGCUUGGUCGUUUGAAAGUCAACCUCGAUAGCAUCAAAGUGACUGAUGUAAAUUCUGGGACGCAAACGACAAGCACAACAACGACAAGCGCUCCGAACUUGUUCCCAGACUGGGGCAUCGCUCUCAUCGUCAUGACGAGUCUGAUCCUCUUCAUCAACAUAUUCCUUUUCAUCGGCUGUAUGAUCUACUUUUGCCGGCGCUGUAAAUGUUUUGGCCGGAACAGCAGCUACUGUCCAAGUGAGCAACAAAACUCAUUCCCCAUGUAUCAUUCCCAUUCCACCUUCGCCCACUCCAGAAAGCAGCACAGCUUGCCCGAGCUUUGUGAAAAUGGGACGACUGGCCUCUACUAUUCCAACUUGAACGGAGAUUCUACACUUUGAAAUGUUAUCUCCGCAAACGACGUUGGGCGAGCCGGAAUGUAUAACGAGCCCCUGAUGCUUUGGCAGAUGUGGGGGAGGGCACAGAAUUAAAUGGAUGGAUUUCACAAUGUUGUGACAAUCCAUGAAUGUUUAUUUUUUAUGAUUAUGGAAAUACAACGUGUAACUACUGUAGUAUAGCAAUGUAUAUGUGCACAUUUUUAAAUACAGUAUCACAGCUGGUAAAUUAGAUCAAUGACAGUUAAAUCAUAAUCGUUUAUAGGUAUUGUGAUUAAAUUGUAUUAACAUUUUUAUUUCAAUCAUCUCUUGUGUAUUUCUGCUUGUACUUCUCACAGUAUGUCGACUGCAGAAGUUGAUUAAGUAAAGUAUAUUGACUGCACUCCAAUAACAAACAUGGUAUAUUCCAACAUUCACUUGUCAACGUAUAACGUUUUCCAGUGGACGGCAAAGAUGUGACCACUAUAUAGUUAUGGGCCCAGAUUAAGAAAUUAUUUAAAAUAUAUAUCAUGACAUUAAUUUGCAAGCAAAGCUCUUUCCGAAACAUAUUUUCUAAGGGAAAUGCCUUCCAAAAAGACAAGAAAAUUGUACACAUUUUAUACGAAUACAGGGUAUAUUGUUAAUAAUUUAACAAUAAGAAUGUUGAACGAAUGUGUAUUUAGCAUUGUAAUAAAUUGGUAGUAACUAAUCAUAAUCUGAUCAGGGAAUAUACAACUUUACAUAACUGUACAAAACUAUCUAAAAUUACGUAUUAGAAAUGGUUAUACUAUUUAUACAUUGUUUCGAAUUAAGUUCUAUUGUGAACCACAUCUUUCCCCCAUUUAGUCGAUAUGGUCUGUUGCCGUGACAGAUUCAUUCAGUGCUGGGCACCAUAACAAAUACAUGGCAAGUGUAUCCUGGAAAUUUUGUAUUUUAUUUUAAUCUUUAGAUUUCAGUUCUUUUUUUAUUAUAUUUUCAUACCUUGCUCAAGCUUGUACUGCUUCUAAAAUACUUUUUUUUAAGAAUAAAUGGCAGUGGGAUUCAAGUAGAGUCGAGACGCACGAAUGCUACGUCUGUGUCAGGGUUCUGAGCCCAGCCUCGCUGAGAUCCACCAUUCAAAUUCUGAGACUGCACCCACUGUGUAGGGAGAUUAAGUCUCAUCCCAGACACCAAUGACUGCACACAAAUACCCAACUGUAAAAUAUGCUUUGCUUGUACAGUGAUUGCGGUAAAGCUUAGAGCUGAGGGCUCAAUAAGUAGCUGAAUUAUGGAGCACAAAAUAUAUUGAUUGGAUCAGAUAGAUCCAUGAAGGGCAGUGGCCAAAGACCUGUGAUGUCACUUCCUGAUCAUUGCAUAAUGUUCAUUCCGUUUAUUACGAUUUUGAGCACAAUGGUCAGGAUUGGACAACGUGGCUUAUUGCUCUACUUCUGCAGUAAAAUUCAAAUAAUAUUCGCUAUAGGUGUGCAUGCCAUUGCCUUCAUCGUGCAUAUAUGAAUACAUUUAAAAAUAAUCAACCAUUACUUCUUAUUUAAGAUGUGAAAAUCUGACCAAUUUGGGAGAAAUCAUUACAGGAUAUGUGGUCCAUCUGAUUCUGUAGUAUUUGUGUUAAUUUGGCUCAUUACAAAACCUUUACAAAAUAACUGAAAUUUAAAACAGGUUUUCAUAUUCUUCACAUAUGUAUUGCAAUUUUGUGACAAGAAUAUUAACUUUUCCAGCCGAUUGUACAGAAUUCGCAAUUGCUUCAGACACAACCUCUGUAAAUAAUGGGAAGAAAUUUUACGUAACAUAAAAAAAAACAUUGCAACAUAAUCAUACACCAGGACGAAAUUAUUCUCAGAUAUUCCAUUUAAAUGUUUCCCUGUAUUUAUAGAAAUAAAUAGCGUUUGCCUGAAAAGAGUAACUAGUGGUAGUAGGAUAUUUAUAAGGGAUUAGGUGGCUUAAGCAACGCAGCAACUUCCCUCUUUACCCUUUACUCAUAAGAAGAGAGCAAUGAUUCCAUUGCACCCCUCCGAUAGAUAUGUGUUUUUAUCGCUUUAAUAUACACAAUAGUGAUCAUACUAUGGAGAGGGCUGGCUCCUGCCAUAGAAAUGUGGAAUUGAGACCCUUUCUUCAGUGUCGCAAUGGAGACACUUUCAUUUUAACAUGCUAGUAAAAUGUGAGAAAAGCGGUCUUGUUUCUAAAGUGAUUUUCUAUUAAAUUCACCCAACUUGCAAUGUGAUGUAUAAUUCCCUUUAAACACACAUUUUUCACUAAAAUGUAACAUAGAUGUGUUGUGAACACAUUCGCUCGAAAUCUGAUACAUUAAAUGUUUAAAAUCCCAUUUAAUAAAUAUAUUUAUGCAGCAGCUUCACACCCCAAUGCCAUGUUGCAUAAAUGGACAUUUAACAAAAAUAGCUUCCAUACGAAUGCAUAUAUUUAAUCGCUCAAUAUCAAAUGUGUCCUCAUUACACAUGGUUUGCAGAUGGGUUUAUUGCACUCUUCCUCUGGUGGUCACCACAGAAACACAAACAAUGUAUCUAAUUUACAACACAAACAAGGCUCACAAUGCUAUAUAAAUUAAUAUAACGAUGAAAAUGACCUAAAACUAAUUAAUUUCAAGCUUGAUAAUACUAAAUUAAUUUAACAGCGAACAUUUGACAACAUCAUUUAUAACAAUGCUGACAAUGCAAUAUGAAUUAAUUCAACAUUGUAAAUACUACCUAGAUUUAAUAACAAUGUUGGCAAUAUUUGUUUUAUGAAUAUAGCAGUGAAGAUAUGACCUAAAACUGAUUCAUAACAAGGCUGAUAAUACUCUUACUAAUUAAGAUAGUGAAGAUAUCACCUAAUAUCAAAAAAGUUAUUCCAGUCCUAAAAUGUAUAACCACUAAUAUUACAAAUAAGAGUUUUAAAUUAAUAAACCUAUUAUUUACUACAUUGGGGUGGUUUUAGAAGUCACAACUUAUACAAUAUUACAAUUAUAAUCAUAACGUUUAAAGUGAUAAUCAUACUAUUUUUGUAAUUAGUACCAUAUUAAACGAGGGGUACACUGUUUGGUCUGAUGGGACCUAAUCACAUGAGGCCCAGUCCCGCACCUCCGAUUAGCACGGCUGUCUACGUAUGGUGCAAAAGAAGUUCAACAUACAGACAGUCGGAUUCAUGUUUUCAUUGGAUAUCUUCUGUUUGCGGCAAAAUCCAGCUGAGCGCGAUCAUAUUUGAUCGAUUGUUUAACAAUGUAUGACAAAAUACUGUACUGCAUUACUAUACAAGCAACAAAACGUAUGCUUAGCUUCAUUUAUGUUGUUUUUCGAGCAAAAAGGUUAGUUACUGAGAAGAAUAUAUUAGGUCAUUUUAUACUCAAAGCAGCAUCGCCAGGACAAGACAUGGAGUGAGAUAAUACGGGUUCUUACUCGAGACGCAAAAAACAUGGGUUCGAUUCCCAGCUAGGGUAUGAUUUUAGGGGGUUUGCUUUUAUUUUGUAAAUACUCACCACACACACCAAUAUUUAAAAGUGGCAAUUGACCCUUCAAAUAAAUAUGCAAUUGUUCCCCCAUGCCUAGAGAUGUCCCCCCGGUUCUGUCACCUCGGCUGCAGCAUAUUCCAGAGGAAAACGAAUCUUUAUAUUAGUCGUGCAUACUAUAAAAUAAAUCAAUAGUAAAGCUUAUGUUUUGACACAAAUGCUCUUUGCUCUUGAAAUAAAUUAAUAAAUAAUGGCUCCUGCUGAUUAGCUGAAUCAACAUAGUCCUAUCAACAGAAAAUGUGUUAAUUUAUCUUAAUUGGGUCACAUUCUUGCACAGUUGUUUGGAUCGUACAAUUCAAAUUCAAAUUUUUACCCAAAGUUGAAAAAUAUCAAGUUCUGAACUCAUCACGCAAAAAUGUCAUACAUUUGUUUACAUUAUUUUCACAACUUGACACAUAUUUGCAUGCCAGAAUUCAUAUUUUCUAAAUUACUAUUCCACAUUAUUAUCCUGCAUAUUCUCCCUUUAUAUGCGCCUUGUCUUGGUUCGGUUCAAAGCCAAAUUUAUGUAAAUUUAACACUUUCUUUUUACUUAAAUAAUGUCAAAUACAUCCUUUCCACUGUACAACCGAGCUGGGCUGAUGCCCUGCCGAACCAGCGCUGUGCGGCUCAAGAGGCACCGUUUUGUUUUUCCACUGCAGAAUCCGAGCCGUGCUGCCAUAGUCGCAUGCAUUGCACACGUUUAGGCGCAUGUAAACAACGUGGCCGCCUUUGAGUUUAAAAUGGGCGAUUCAUCUUCCUCACAGUUUUCUGAGCGGUGUCACACUCCUUUGGCCCCGAAUGGCCCUGAGCCAGAUUCAGAUGCGUUGUUUGGUUUCGGAUUGGCUCUGCAAAUAGCCAGUGGGGAAACCACCCAACUGGCUGAACUCAAAUUUGCCAGCGGAAAAGGGGUAAAAAUGGGUCCUAAAAAUAAAUUGUGUUUCACCUGCAAGGGGCCAAGUAAACAUUUUAGCUUUCUCUUUAGUUUCGUGCAACACCUUUACACUUGAAUAAUCAUGAGGUUAAAGAACAGGGAAAUACCCUUAAGGUGUUUAUGCGACUAAUCACAAUCUUUAAAUCUAAUCUGUAUCUACAUAUAAAUCUGGGUGAGUUGUGUUUCAAUGCCUAUGUCGGAAUACUGAGUGAGCAUUGUUAAAAUCCUAAGUUCUAAUCUCUGGCUUUCACUCUUUUUAACAAAUUCUGAUUGUCUUACCUCGAUAACAACCGGUGGAAUUGGAAAAAAAUGUCAAAUGUUUUCGCACGAAGCAGCCAGAUAAGAUAGAGACUAAAUAACUCAGUUUUCUACACAGAUGAAGUUGAGUGCUGUUUGGUCGUCGUGUAAAACAGAUCGUGGAAUAAUGUCAAACGCUUGUUAUGUCACUUGUGGGUUGCAACUCCCAGAUGGGACGUGAGACUGCUGUUCUAAUGUAUUUCAAAACCAAAUGUGAUUUUUCCAUUCGCAUAAACGUCAGCAGAAUACUGAAGAUGUACUGGAUACAAGUCUAUAUACGGUAGACUCGAUUAUCUGAGCUAAUGACUGGGAGGACGGCGGUGGAUAAUGAAAAUUCGCGGAUAUUCCCAAAAUAUAUAUUUCCGUCAAUCUCAAGGACCAAACACAACUAAUAUAGGUAUAAAUUAUGUAUAAGUUAAGAAAAUGUAGUUUGUUAAAGAGCAAACUCAAAUUUGAUGUGAAGAAUCGACCGAUUGAUGCGUUGUGCCCACUAAGUGGACAGCAGAGCCACGCCAAUCAACAUCAUUCAAACUCCACCCACUGUUGUAAAGAUAUACAACUACUGUACUGUAGAUGCGGUCACGUAGAUUUCGGAUUAACCGGAGCACAUAUUUGUUCGGUUUAAGCGCGUAACUUGUAAUAAACAUUUCAAAAAAUAAAAAUGUUUAACUGUUUUCAGCUUAUUAAUUUGGGCUCAAGGGACAAUCCAUCAGUUAUUAUUUUAUGUCAAAAUCUCAGGUGCGUGGUUAAUCUGCAAAUCGCAUACACCACACGCAGAUAAUCGACAUUCUACUGUAUAUAUUCUGACUCUAAAUUGAAUAUCUAGUGGAUGCAUGUUCCCUGAGUAUAAAAUGUGCAUAAACAUGUACAAGGCAUAGACCGAAUUGAUGACAAUCUAUUUUGAACACGUUAACAGUAGGACAUGCACCUGCAUGAAUAUCAUUAGGUUAUGUUUUAGUCAUGUCUCCACAUAAUUCCAAAUAAAUUGGGAAUUAUAUUCUCGUGUCAGACUGCUGCCCCUAUUGCCUGUCCUUUUACGUCAGUACGUACCCUUAAUUAUGUUACGUUAAACAACAUUACUACAAUUAUCUCCAUAUUAAACACAUUUCCCUCAUCGCUUACGGCCUGCCCACCCUACAUCUAAUAUGUUACAAUGUAUAAUUUUAUAUAGUACUUAGCUCUUAAUACCGUUUCUGUCACUUGCAUUCUGGAUUUUUUUUUAAAACGCAACACUGUGCCCCUACAUCCAUGCAAGUUUGUGUCCUAUAUCCAACCUCCAUUUUGUCAAAAAAUUAUUAAAAAGAAGAUAUUUUCCCAUUUCUCCAAAUAUCUCUUCCAUCAUGGUGUCUCUGAUCCAAAUGAUUACUUGCCAGAUAGGUAUAGAGUCUAUGCUAUAGACUAACCACUUCGUUGUUUGUCUUCCACCAAGGCCAUUCUGCUCAAAUUAUUGUCUUAUGAGUGCUAAAUGCCCUUCUCUCAUCACACAUUGCAUCACUAUCAUCAUGAGCCCUCCUCGUAAUAUAUUGACUUUUGACACCAUAGACCACUUCAUAAUCCUUAACUAUUUCAAUACUACAUAAGAAUUUCUGGAACACUUAUCUGCUGGAUCUGCUCUCAUCUCACAAACCCCUCCUAAUGUUUCCAUAUGAGGUGUGUCUUCCUAUCAGAAACCACCGUGUUAUGGUAUCCCACAAGGCUCCAUUCUCAACCCCCUGUUCUCAAUAUAUCACACCUCCACUUUGCAAAUUCAUCCAUAGAUUUAAUAUGUACCAUCAUUGCAAUGCUGAUGACACCCAGCUCUACAUCACCAUUAGCUCCAUAAACCUGACAUCCCUGUCCACUCUCACAUCCAGCCUUUAGACUGGUUCUAAUUUCAUCCAGCUAAAUGUUGCCAAACGAAUUUACUCCUCACGAAAAGUGUGAAACUCCCUUUCCCCUGCCAUCCAUGCUGUUGACUCCCUGUCCCUGUUCAAGUACAGGCUCAAGACCUUCUUUUUCUCCUCUGCCUAUGACUGCCUCUUUAUAAAAUCAAUAAGCCCAUUGUUUUUCCAUAGCAUCUUGAGACGCAGUCAUAAUUAAAUGCGUCAUGAAUCUAAAUUGUAUUGUAUUUAUGCAUGUUUUUUGGCAUAAUGGAAAUUGAUAGAUAUUUUUUGUACAUACCAUGUGCAUUGUUUUAAACAUGGGACGUUAUUAUUUUUAUUUUGUAUUAUUUGAUCUGUCUACGUGGCUUUACCAAAAGACCAAAAGAAUAUGGGACAUUAACCAACUCAUUCCAUUGUAUAGUCUACAUAAGGUUGCAAACUCCAAUUAAAAACGUGUUUGAAUGUUAUAGAUGUGGGCUAUCUGAUUAAUUCAGAAAUCUUUAACUGGUGAUGGGAUAAAUCACCCAACUAAUCGGAUGAACACAUUUUAAUCUCGGUUUCCCAUGCUUUGCCACUGAGGUUAUGGGCAGGGCUUGGUGACAUUGGCACCAUCAGCUGCGUUGGUAAUGCUGGGCAUGGCCUACAUCUCCCACCAUCCGAAGAAGGAUGUGGGGGUGAACCCAACUAACCCACCGAAAAAACGAGUAAUUUACAAUGAUAAAUCUUAGUCCAUUAAUCCUCUUUCCAAACCACUGGAGGUCAAAAUGUAUCCUGAGUUCCAGUACUCAUUUCCAUGAAGGUCCUGCUUGUGGUAUGUUUGGUCACUUUCUUUUUUGAGCUUUCUUGUUGCAUGUGGAAGGAAACUCACGCUCAAACAUACUUGCUUUCCUGCACUCCACAAGAACUUAAUUUCCUCAAUUCGUCAAAGGUGGGUGUCUCAUUUCCAUGCAGACAUCCACAAAUGUAAUGGAUUAAAGGCUGCGUCCAUCACACCAGGAUAAUAUGCAGUUGACUGCUUGUUUGACUUUUCCUUAACCCUUCUGCAUUGCCCAAUGUAGUUUUGCUAUGAGAGCGAUGGCAUCCAAAAGCUGAAACUUAACUGUGGGGAGGUUUUUGCAAGUAAUGAAUUUUCUUAAUAUGAUUAUUUAUUUUGGGGGAAAUUCAGUAAUGUCAUAAUUAUUAACGUAAAGGAACAGUGUUAUAAAAAAAAUAUGAAAACUGAGCUUUUUCACAGAUUACGAUCGGCCACAUGUGAUCAUUUGUCCACCAUAGAUGUGGCAUACCACCAGAACUUAGUUUUUUUACCAAGAUAAGACUUUCACUCAAUAGCUGGGAAAUUACCUAUUAAGCUACAGUGCUAGCUUAAGGAUGCUAUCACAUUUGUUUUCUGAAUUGUCAGCAUCAAACAUUUAUAUUUAGAAAAACAAACAUAUUUAAUUGCAAAUAUGGAUUAACUUAGACAUUUUUGUUAAAAAUCAAGAAUAGUUAACUUCGUUGGUAACACUGACUAAAAAUCCUCACCACCAGUGAUAUUAACACUACGUAAAAAAAAAUAAGUAAAUAUAUUUCAUGUCAAUGUUUGAUACAAUGACCAUGCUUCACAGCACACGCAAAGGACACUCAGAACACUUUGACUGACGUAGGAGGAGAGUGCAUUAUACAUUGCGUUGUUUCAAUAUUGUUGCUUUCAAAAACGCUACACAAAUAAUAAGACAGGAGCCAAUACCAUUUCCUUUCACUGGACCUAAACAUUACUACCGCCUGCCAAUGGAAGGACAAGAGACAGGGCUUCAAUUGUAUUAGCAUAAGACUCAUCAAAUCUCGCUGCAACCAUCUCCAAAGAACCACCUCUACAUCUUGCAUAACUGUUGAUGCACACCUUUAUAUGAGACACCAGUAAUGCCAGCUGACACUUUUGUGAUGAAUGUAUUUAUUGUGUCCAAUUAGCCUACCUUAAAGACAGUCUAAAUCAGUCACUGCCAGCGAUGGUCAUGGUCCGAACUACAUGUCUAGGUGAAGUCAAUAUAUUGUUUGGUGGAAAUACGCUAUUAAGGAGAGCUGGGAGCUUGUUUCCAAGCAAGAUGCUGACUACCUUGCAAUGUUGAACAAAAAAAUUACGUUUACGUAAAACAAUCAGCAACAGUGUUUAAUAAUGCCCAUUUAUAUCCUCAAUUAUAAAAAUAUGGGUAGAAAAUGUUGCAUUCUUCGCAUGAAUGUGCAAGGUUAUGCUGACAUUUUUUUAGUUUAAUUCCAAUCACCACAUUCACAAUACAAGCCACCCAUCUAGCUUAUACAAUCCUCAAAUAUCAAUGACUGUAUUUCAAUUGCCCAUUUUUUGCCAGACACUAUAUACCAAAAAAUAUUUUUCAAACGUCACUAAAAAUGUUCUGGCUAUUAUCACUCAUAUAAUAAUAGUCCAUUGCAUAAGAUAUCAAAGGGGUUUUUCGGAUAAAGACAAUGUUACCUUUUUCGGUGGUGAGGUUUUUCUCUCUCUGUUGAAGUCCAUUGUUUUAAUUACACCACAUUGUAAAAUGUAAAAAGUGUGUUAUGUUCACAGUGAAGAAAGGAAGUCAUAAUAUAAAUUGCCAUUUUGACCCUCAUUUAUGUUGUAUACCUUUGCUUCAUAGCACAUGUACAGAAUAUUUGUAAAUUUAAUUUUGGCUGUCCUGUUGAUGAACAAAUGAAGCAUUUCUCUUGAUGCUGAACGUGUGUACUAGAUCACGUGUUCGAAGGGGAUUAGUCAUCGACCUUUGGCUGAUUUGUGGUUGGUGGAACGAGGUGAAUGGGGGCCAAAGUUAAGAAAAGUCUUCUCUUAUUUCAAAAAGGUGAAGUGAAAUAUAAUCAAUAUACACAAUAUUGUCCAGCAUUUGUGUAUGUGUAAAGGUUUGAGCUUGAUAUUUCAUAAUUGCUUAUACAUUUGUAACCAAUAAAG